UCUCCCCUUCCAAUCCCUCCAUAACUUUCCAGAUUCAACCUCCAUAUUUCUCUCUUCUUCUUCUGUCUUUCCCUCUCUAGAACAGUACAAGAACAUCAAUGGCGAAACUCGGAAAAUCAAGAAAAAAUGAUAGUCAAAACAUAAUCGGCAAGGGCAAAAUUACGCCUGUUCAGGUUGCUUUCAUCGUUGAUCGAUAUCUUGCCGACAACAAUUUCUCCAAAACUCGUAAUGCUUUUCGUGAAGAAGCUUCUUCUCUUAUCCCUAAAUCAUCUCUUCAAGAGGCACCUAAAACUUUGUUGAGUUUAGCAGAAUUAUUGGAUGAUUAUGUUUGGUUGAAAGAGCAAAGAGUGAUGAUUGAACAUGAGAAAUUAGGAUUAGCUCAAGAAAGAACUAGGAUUCAAAAUCUUUUACAAGGGAUGCAAGAUCUUAUGAAUAUUUUUAAUAACUCUCCUGUUGUUCCUGCUAACUAUGUUACUUCACCGCCGCCACAUCCAGUUUCUGCUUCCGUGCCUCCCAAUUCAAUGGUCACUUCGUCUUCUGCAGGCUAUCCUGGUUACAGAACUGCAGGUGUGGCAUCGGUGUCGAUGUCACAAAGUGUAAAAAUUGAUCAGACCAGCUACUCAACACCUAUCCUUGGUUCGCGCCCUCCAAGAAAAAGGAAAAAUUACAAGGAUCUUCAAAAUAUAAAUCAAGCACCAAAAAAAUACUGUGGCGCAGUGACUAACAAUCCUUUGUAUAUCCAAGCAGGUACUAAUUCAAGUGCUUUGCCAAAUAAUGCAUCCCAACGGCAUCAUAUUAAUCAUCAAUCCUCUCCCCUCCCAUCUUCUUCACCUAGUUUUGCUCAAGGAGGGUCUCAUAUUCAAGGAUCAAAUGUUGCUAGGACUUUGUUUGACAAGCAUUCAUCAUCUCCGAAUUCGAAUUCUUCGUGUCCCAAAACACCUCCACGAGCACUCUCUUCCCAUAGCGAUAAAUCCAUUUCUCCACUUGAGGAAGUAUCUUCAACAGCAAAGUCUAAUCAUGAAAGCACUACACCUGAGACCAAACCUAACAACUGCACUAUAAUCUCCUCUAAGACAAUUAUAGUCAGUCCUGCAAAGCACUUUUCUAUAGAAACGAACCAAUGCACUUUUUCCUCACCGGUUAAAACUACUAAAUGGCAAAGUAAGAGAGAACAUGUCAAAGGAAGGCUAGAUUUCGACAGCUCCGAAGCACCAACUAUUUUGGAAAACACAAGUGGAGAUGGCAGUACUAGUUCUGAAUCUGAGAAGGAAGGGGACAUUUUCGACUUGGAAGUGCCAGGUUUUGAUGCCUUUGGACCAGACUUUUCUAUCUCAGAGUUCCUGACUGAUCUGGGGAUUGAUUGUGGAUCACUUGACAAUCCCUGCCCUACUACAGAAGGAACUAAUGAAGACACCAGGACAAGCCAAAAUUUGGUAGAACAUUCAUCAGCUGUUAGGGAAGUUAUAGCAGGAGAUGUUAGCAUAAAUGGUACGGAUUCUAUUACUUCAAUCAAGUCCAUAACACAAUGCGUUAGAGUGCUGAGUCCUACCAAAUGUUUACAAAAUAACUCAACUCACGAUCAAGAAAAUUUAAGUUCGGGAAGAUGAGCAGAUUAACUCUGGCUGACUUGAAGCUGACUAGUUGACGAUACACAACACUAGUUUAUCACUUCACUUCUGAAAAUCUUAGGUCUACAUAAUUAGACAGAUUCUCAGCCUUUUGUUGUACAGUAGUCAUGUUUUUGUUGCUAAUCUUAUUAGCAUACUGAUCAAAGUUGGUUUAUGAUCACCUAAUAGUAGUUGCACUGAUGAAAUCACAAUUUCUUUAUGUUGAGGCCUCACACGAGCUGUUUUAUGCAUUGCCAAAGGUAAGCUGCGCUCGUGCAGUCGUGCUGUCCAUGUUUUGUGCUUUAGAAGCAAGAAAAUGUGCAGUUACUGUGAUCACUCCUUGAUAUGCAGUUACUGUGUAUACACUACUUAACAUUGAUUAAAAUGAAAAUUAUGCUAUAAUUUAAGUAGCUGAGGUUUGAUUUUGUACUGUCAACUGUGUAUAGUUCAAUCCCCAGGUUUAGAUAGCGCAACAGUUGAUUAAUAAAGUUGAAAUUUC